GAUCAUCAGCCACCCAAAACCUGGCACGGGGUUGCCCCCAGCCCCGCCAGGGCACAUCCCACCCCGCUGGACCACUGUGCCCCUGCUCGGGGCUGGCAGGAGAACUGGGUCAGCCGUGUAACCAUGGAGAUGCUGAGGGAGAUGCUGAAGCGGCGCCAGCACAGCCCCGGCUCUCCAGAACCCUGGAAAGAUUCCCCAGCCCUGGCACCGUCCGUGUCCGGCCGGGAUGGGGCUGGGAAGCUGAGCUGAGCCUCCUCCGGGCGCAGGGCGCUGAUCCCACGGAGCGGGGCCGGGGCCGGCGGGCGCGCAGCGGCUGACCAUGUUCAACGGGGAUGCCAGCUCCAUCACCGGCUCCAUCACCGGCUCCAUCACCGGCUCCAUCCCCAGCUCCAUCUCCGGCCCCAUCUCCGGCUCCAUCGCCGGCUCCUCGGCGGCCAGGAAUGUGGUGCGCAGCUCCAGCAUCAGCGGGGAGAUGUACAGCCUGGAGAAGAGCGCGCGGGGCAGCGCCGACUCCGUCUCCGUCACCGCCAGCAAGAAGAGACGCUCCAGCCUGGGCGCCAAGAUGGUGGCGAUCGUGGGGCUGUCCCAGUGGAGCAAGAGCACCCUGCAGCUCAACCAGACUGAGGGGGGCCCCAAAAAGCUGCGCAGCACCAUCCGGAGGAGCACCGAGACCGGCAUCGCCGUGGAGAUGAGGACCAGGGUGACCCGGCAGGGCAGCCGGGAAUCCACCGACGGCAGCACCAACAGCAACAGCUCGGACGGCACGUUCAUCUUCCCCACGACCCGGUUUGGCGCCGAGAGCCAGUUCAGCGACUUCCUGGACGGGCUGGGGCCGGGGCAGCUGGUGGGGCGGCAGACACUGGCAACCCCCCCGAUGGGAGAUGUCCACGUGGGCAUGACUGACCGGAACGGGCAGCUGGAGGUGGAUGUGAUCCAGGCACGGGGACUUAUCCCAAAGAUGGGCUCCAAGUGCAUCCCUGCCACCUACGUGAAGGUUUACCUGCUGGAGAACGGCGUCUGCCUGGCCAAGAAGAAGACCAAGAUGGUGAAGAAAAGCUGUGACCCGUCGUACCAGCAGCCUCUGCUCUUCGAGGAGAGUCCCCAGGGCAAAGUCCUGCAGGUGAUCGUCUGGGGCGAUUACGGGCGCAUGGACCACAAGUGCUUCAUGGGGAUGGCCCAGAUCAUCCUGGAGGAGCUGGAUCUCUCCAGCACCGUCGCGGGCUGGUACAAACUCUUCCCCACGUCCUCGCUGGCCGACUCCAGCAUCGGACCUCUGACCCGCCGCCUCUCCCAGUCCUCCCUGGAGAGCUCCACCAGCCCCUCCUGCCCGUAGGGGGGCAGGUCAGUGGGAGAGGGGAGGGGGAAGGAGACGCCCUGACCUACCCAAAGUGGGCGCGGAGAGCUGUAAAUAUCCUUUUCUUUUUUUUUUUUGGGGUUCCUUUUUUUUUUUUUUUUAAUUAUUUUUAUUUUGAAAAUUCUCCUUCCCCAACCGAAAACCUGCCCCUGGACACGCCCCCCUCCCCACGCUCGUGUCCCGGGACGUGGAGGGGAUGUGGGAGACACGGAGAGAGGGCCGUGUGUGAGGCAGGGGGGGGAAGGAGGAGCAAAACAAACCCCCUCCGAGGGCUGCAACUGCCGACGAUGAUCCCAGAACUGUUCCCACGCCUCGUCCCAGCACCUGGAAGGCCUCGAGGUGCCCAGUUCUCUCCUGACCCCCGGUGAGAGCAGCUCAGUCUGGUUCAGCAGCGUGACGACGAGGUUCCUUUCCUUCCAUUUCCCUUUCCUUGCCUCCGAGGAAAAAAAAAAGGGAGCUUUCCAAGGGAAAAAAAAAAAAAAAACAAACCACAAAAAACACUCAGAAAAAAAAAAAAUCCAACUCAGCACUACUUUUGUUUUCCAAGGAAUGUAGCAUCUUCUCUUAUGUAGCUUUGCCACGUGCUAACAACACACUCACUGCAAUAUCCAAGAGACUCCGGAUGGGCCGGGAACAUCUGCCAGUCACGUCCCGUUUGUUCAUUUUUCCGAGCACUUUCGGUGGCCAUUUUUUCCUUCCUUUUUUUUUUUUUUUUUCCUUUUUUUUUUUUGUUUUUGGUUUUUUCCCCGGUAGCAUGUAGCCUGUGAGCAGUGCCAUUGCCAAAGCAAGAGAGGGCAGGGAAAGGGGCACUCCCCUCACCUCAGCUGGUUCUUCUGCUCGUGUCCCAACCGCUGACCGGGGGCUCGUCCGGCCACGACGAGACCCAAAAGAGGAACUCUGGGAUGCCUCACGUGGAAAUUCCAGCUGGGAGAAGGUGGCCCAGCAGAGCAGGAAUACCGGGAUCAUCUGGUUGAUCAUCUGCCUCCCGGCCCCUUCCUCCCGUGAGGGCCAGCUGGAGGGCUGGGAUGCCCUCCCUGGAGCUGGGAUGUCCUUCUUAAGGUCUGGAUGCCUCCUCAGGGUCCAGGAUGCUCUCCUUGAGGACUUGGGAUGCCCUCCUCGAGGUCUGGAAUGCUCUCCUUGAGGUCCAGGAGUGCCCACCUUUAAGUUGGGAUGCCCUCCUCAAGGUCUGGAAUGCACUCCUUGAGGUCCAGGAGUGCCCCACCUUGAAGCUGGGAUGCCCUCCUCGAGGUUUGGGAAUGCCCACCUGCAUGUUGGGAUGCCCUCCUUGAGGGGUUGGGAUGCCCUCCCUGAGGUCUGGGAUGUUCUCCUCAGGGCUUGGGAUGCCCUCCCCGAGGUCUGGGAUGUUCUCCUCAGGGCUUGGGAUGCCCUCCCUGAGGUCUGGGAUGUCCUCCUCGGGGUCAGGACGCCCUUCUCGAGAGCUGGAAUGCCCUCCUCGAGGUCUGGAAUGCCCUCCUCGAGGUCUGGGAUGCCCUCCCUGAGGCCUGGGAUGCCCUCCUGGAUACUUGAAUUCCAAGCAGGAGCGGAGGGUUUGCCCAGCCCUGUUCUCCCAACUCUGGACUCGCUGAUUUUGCUACAGGGGAACAUCUCAACAAGCAGCUUGUGCUGCUCUGGAAUUCGGGUGCCGGAGAGAGGGGACGGCCAAGGGGACUCACUGGGUUGAGUUUCUCGUCAGGAUUGAGUGUUUUGGGGGUUUUUGUUUGUGUUGUUUUGUUUGUUUUUAAAAGCAGCAUUUUUGGUUCCCUCCGAGGGACCCAGUUCUUGUAGCAAACCCGAGAAUUAACGGAAGCUUUUUUUGAAGGUGCCUAAAUGAAAUUUGCUGAAAAAUACUCAGGGGAGACACCACUAGAAACUCUGGUUUCUUCGUAAAAUGAACCUAAUCCAAUGACUGUCCUGAAGGAUCAGUUCCCAAAAAGAGAGGAAAACAAAAAAAACCAACCCAACACA